CUCUCUCGCCCUCCCUCUCUCGUCCUCUCCAGAGACCUUGGGCCAUAGACACCUCUGCCUGCAGCCUGAAACACAGAGAGAGGGAAUAAGAUUUUCCACUGUGUUUGUCACUGCUGUGAAACCAUGUUCCCUGUUCGGUCUGUCCUCCUGGCUGGCCUUGUCAGUCUGUGCAUCUGUCAGUACUAUGACUAUGACUACGAGCCUGCGGCACAGUCUAUGCCAUCCGCGCCCAAUUGUGCUCAGGAGUGCAACUGUCCCAUCAACUUCCCCACUGCCAUGUACUGUGAUGGCCUCAACCUGAAGUACAUCCCGAUUGUCCCGACGGGAAUCAAAUACCUCUACCUGCAGAACAACCUAAUCGAGGAGAUCAAGGCAGGUGUUUUUGACAAUGUCACUGACUUGCGCUGGCUUGUCCUUGACAACAAUAACAUCACCAGCGACAAGAUCCAGUCAGGAACCAUUGACAAGUUGGGCAAACUGGAGAAGCUCCUCUUCAGCUACAACAAGCUGAGUAAACCUCCUGUCCUUAAAUCCAAGUCCCUGGAUGAAGUGAAGUUCAUUGGCAACAGGCUUACUACACUUCCCUCAGGCCUACUGUCAGGCAUGGAGAACCUCACUACCAUCCACCUAGCCAAGAACAAACUGACCUCGGAAGGCCUCGUCGGGGCCUUCAAAGGACUGAAGUCAUUGAUGCUGUUGGAUUUAAGUGAGAACAAGCUAAAAAAGCUCCCAGCAGGUAUCCCAGCUUCCCUACUGAUGCUGUAUGUUGACAACAACGAUAUCGAAUCCAUCCCCAGUGGCUAUCUGGCCAAACUGCCUGAACUGCAGUACCUGCGUCUCUCUCACAACAAGCUGGUAGACUCGGGUAUUCCGGCAGGCGUGUUCAACGUUACUUCUCUCCUGGAGCUGGACCUGUCCUUCAAUAAGCUCCAGACCAUCCCAGAGAUCAAUGAAGCACUUGAGCAUCUGUACCUGCAAGUCAAUGAAAUUAGCAAAUUUGACCUGAACAACAUCUGCAAGGUUGUCUCACCUGUAAACUACUCCAGACUGAAGUCUCUGCGCCUGGAUGGAAACGAGCUCACCCACAGUAACCUGCCUGAUGAUGCAAGCACCUGUCUCCGUCAGGCUUCUGAGAUCGUUUUUGACUAGUUUUUCCACUCAGUGUCCACUUUGACCAGCUCUUUUGAAAGAUCUAUUCCAACAUCUUUUACAUUUUUAAAUAUAAGUUACUGAGUGUAACUUUCCCUCACAAAUAGAUAGUGAUAGAACACCAUAAUCAUUAUAUCAAUAUAGCCUCAAAUAACCAAAUAAAGUUUUGGUUAUUUGUUUACGGAGAUCUGUACGAUGGAAAUAAUGUAAUACUGACCAAAGUACACUGAGAUCUAUAUAUUAAAUCUUGAAAUAUCCGUUCUUGGCACAUUCCAGUAAACGGUACGAGGCACACAUGUAUUAUGAAUGUUAUGUAUGACUAGUGCUUUAAUACAAAACAUGCUUGAACACCUUUACACUUUUUUUUUUUUAAUCCUAACAGUCACUUCAAACAUUCCUGUAACUAAUAUUUAUAUGGAUCAAAUUGAAGCACAGAUCCACGUUUGCUCUUAUGCUUUUGUAUAGAUUGUCUAAAUGCUGGCACCGACACUCUGUAUUUAAUGUACACGUGAUAAUAUUAAGCCUUCAGGAACUGUAUCUUUUUUUUCUUCUUUUUUAAAUGUUGUUUUAAUCAUCUCCGAUGAGCUAUAUCUGUAUACUAUCUCUUUUCUGAUUAGAAUUUUAUAACAGUUUAGCUAAAUCCGCUAUAUUACUCUAUGUUUCACGUAGCUAGAAAAAAGAGGAACGCGAAGUAUUGCUAAAAAGGUGUCUUGCAUUACUCAAAUAUUUAGAUAUUAUUUUCUUCUCAGAGCGUGGUCGUUAGUUAAAUCUACUAAGGUGUAACUUGCAAGUAUUAUAGAUUUAAACUGUGAAGAACUGCUACAUAUUGUAAUGAAACUAACGUUUGAAUUACCCAGUAACAGCUUGCUGCUCCAUAAACUGCCAAGAUUUAUGCAAUAUUCUAACUUACUUGCAUGCAAUUUCAUCAUACGCUCUACAUUCUACAUUCAACAAAUUAUGCACCUAUGUUUGCUCACAUUGCAUUGUUACAAUGGCAGUAAUUGAAGAUUUUGAGCAUAAUUGCAGGUCUAUUAUGUUAAAUGAUGAACGUUUUUCUUUCUUUCUUUCUUUCUUUCUUUCUUUCUUUAAAACACCGUUCAUUUUAAAGCAAAUAAAUCAAGUUUCCUAAACAUGCUGUAAACUCUAAUUUCGUAAACAUA